AUGGAUUGUAGAUAUACGAUUAAAUAUUACAGUUGGAUAUGUACUCGUAUGCUGUACCUGCAUCAACCCCGAGCGCUACCAUGCCUUUUGCUGUUGUUCGUUCUUAAUGUUAUAUGUCUGGCAGCAAGUCUGGAAAUACCUGAGAUGGUCGUCCCUAGUGACGUGGACGACUCUCAUAUCUUCCAGUUGAAAAAUGACGGCGACGUUUUUCAAGUCUUGUCUCCCAAUUAUCCCGAAAAUUAUCCAGUUAAUCAAAACAUAUCAUACUGGUUUAAAGGAAAUGGAAAAGCUCUAAUGAUCAGGUCGGCAACGAUGAAUUUGCAAGCUCUUGAGCCGAGCGGUGUAUGUGUGAAGGAUUAUUUAGUUUUCUGGGACUUGCAGUAUCCAUGGAGCAUUUUACGGACAGCGUGCGGAAAUGCACCAUUUCAAAUUAACAGCUACAGUGAUUCUGUUAUGAUGCUUUUCAUUUCGGAUUCAUCACAGAACUUCAAAGGCUUCAAUUUGACCCUAAAAUCCAUCAACGAGAGCAAAUAUUGCGGGGAGGGAGACUUAAGGUGCGUUUCCGCAAAUAAGGACGAGCCGUUAUGUCUGCACAACGAUCGCAUUUGCGAUGGAGUUCAGCAGUGUGCAGGUGGAGAAGAUGAGAUUUGUACCCAAGAGUGCGGGAUUCCACAGGUUAUAACAGAUGAAAACCGCAUUGUUGGUGGCGUCGAUGCUACUCCAAGCGCAUGGCCCUGGCAGACGGACGUAAUCAUCAAUAAUUACACUGGUUGUGGAGGAUCAUUGAUUGGACCCGGUUGGGUUGUGACCGCUGGGCACUGCUGCUCGCAGUAUGGCCAGCGGUUUCCUGUACAGGACUACAGGCUUAGAUUUGGAUAUCAGAAUUGCAAGGAUAAAACUGACGGACAGACCAUGCUUGUAGACCAAAUGUUUGUCCAUCCAAGGUUCACCGAGAGUAGCACUGGAGCCAAUUAUGAUUACUGUCUACUAAAACUCAAACAGACGGUCACCUUUGGACCAAAAAUCCAACCAGUAUGCCUUCCGCGUCCAUUAACGAUGCCUGUGGCUGGAACGACAUGUGUGGCGACCGGGUGUGGUAACACUGUGGCCUGGAAAGGCACACAGUCAGGAAACGUAAGUAUUCCGGACAAACUGCAAGUGGUGAAUCUCAAGACUGUGGCCAGUUCAGAUUGCGUCAAGGCCUUUCACAUGAUGACACCGGAGAUGAACUGUGCAUUCCAAUCUAACAAAGACACAUGCCAAGGAGACAGUGGUGGACCCCUUGUCUGCAAAGGGCCUGAUCUCAGUGUUUCACAGUAUCAGUUAGUGGGAAUCACAUCUUAUGGAUUCGGGUGCGCCUCCGGACUGCCAGGAGUUUUUGCGGAUGUUCCUCGGCUGAUGCCUUUCUUGAUCAAAGUAUUGUAUCAGACCCAAAGUUGGGGAUGGUUCAGUAACACAGCAGUGCCUACUCCUCCUCGAAGUCCUGAUGGAGCUAUGUACGAGCCCAGAGUAAACAAGGUUCUUCCGCCCGAACAGCACGAUGCGAACGAAAGCGGUGCCCCGAUUCUGUUACCGUCAAGUAUUUUCACAAUCUUUCCUCACUUGUGCAUAUUAAAACUACGGUAUCUUACUCUAUAGCAAGGUUUUUAAUAACUGUUUUAGUUUUGUUUUCCCGUUGUUAUUUAAUCCACGUUUGUUUUCCAAAAUCUUAAAUUUUCACUUAGUGUCUGUCUUCUAUCCAAAUAGUGAUACUCUGUUAUUGCUUACAACAUGCAAAUUCAGAUGAUACAGCAAAGUUCUGGUUUUUCUGCCGUGCCGCAUGUGCGUUACAACGCAAAGUUGUGUCAGUGACUACUC